AUGCGUGCGUUCCUUAAGUCCUUAGAUGAGCAUGUUUGGAUUAGCGUUCAAAAUGGUUGGAAACCUCCAUCUACUACCGUAUCAGGAACAAUUAACCUUACUGACAUAUCACUGUGGACUAAAGAUGAAUUAGCUGCAUGUAAUUGGAAUAGUAAGGGAAUUCAUGCAUUAUUCAUGGCUCUAUCUCCAGAAGAGUUUAGGAGAGUGUCUAUGUUUGAAGAAGUGAGGAUGAAAGAUGAUGAAACCUUUGAUGAGUUUUACGCUAAAUUAAAUGAUAUAGUUAACUCUAGUUUCAACCUAGGUGAGAGAAUUCUUGAGACUAAGAUUGUGAGAAAAGUACUUAGAUCUCUGCCUGAGAGAUUUAGGCCUAAAGUCACUGCCAUUGAGGAAAGUAAGGACCUAGAUGAAGUUAAGAUCGAAGAAUUGGUAGGAUCCUUGCAAACCUAUGAACUCACUAUCUUACAACAUAAGAAAGGAAAGUCCAUAGCCCUGAAAUCCAUUAAAGAAGAUAAAUCUUCUGAUACUGAGUCACUUAGGGAUGAGGAAAUCGCAUACUUUGUUAAGAAAUUUCAAAAAGUCCUCAAAAAUAGGAGAAAGCCUCAGGAUAGAGAGAGUGGAGCCCCUAGCAGAUUCACAAAAGAUAAAAUUGAGAAAGUUAACAAUAAAGGGUCAAGUGAGAAGCCACGUUUGGUUAGAUGUCAUGAGUGUCAAGGAAUAGGUCACUAUAGGAAUGAGUGUCCUAGCUAUAAGAAAAAUCAAAGAAAAGGGAAAGAUAGGGCCUUAGUUGUCUCACUUACUGAAAAUGAAUCUGAGACCAGUGAUAGGCAGGAAUCCUCUAAUAGUGAUGAUGAAGGAAAUUAUAUGGCAUUUGUGGCUACUGUUAAGAGUGAAUCUGAUAAGGAAAGUGACAAGGUUGAGGAAGAACAUUCAAACGAUAAUUCUGGUAAUGAGGAUGAGGAUGAGGAUGACAUAGACUUACAAGAAGCUUAUCAACUGUUGUUUAAGGAGAGUCUUAAAAUAAAGAAGGUCAAUAAAGCCCUACUUAAAAAGGUUGACAAACUUGAAAGGGAAAAAGAGAAACUGGGUAGUAAGCUUCAGGACUCACUUAAGAGUGGUAGUGAGUUAAAUGGAACUAAUAAAUUGGAUAACCUGUUGGGAAUGAAUAAGCCAAUGGGAGAUAAGAGAGGUCUAGGAUAUGUUGAGGGUAAUACACAUGUUGCUGGACCAUCUAAGACUGUCUUUGUGUCUGCCUCUAAGUCUAAUGCUGUUAGGAGUCCAAGUAAGGGUAAGAGUGUUCCUAGGGAACAGAGUCAUCAAUCACAUAGGAACAUCAAGACUAAGAGAUGUACCGUGUAUGAUUCAUCCGGUGGGGUAGUCCUUGAAGGGGUUAGAACAUCUGACAAUUGUUAUGGGGUAUUACCUAAUUCUAACUAUGUGUGUAGGAGUGCUAAAAUUGAUGUGAGUGAGCUCUGGCACAAAAGAUUAGGUCAUUUGAACUAUAAGAGUCUAGAGCAGUUGGCUAAGAAAGAAUUGAUAGAUGGGUUGCCUAAGAUAGUUCCUAGUGAAAAUGUUGUGUGUGGACCAUGUCAACUAGGUAAACAACUUAAGAGGAGCCAUAAGAAGACUAUUAAAAUUAUGACCAAAAGACCCCUGGAGUUGGUACACAUGGAUUUGAUGGGACCUUCUAGGACUGAGAGUUUAGGUGGUAAGCAAUACAGUCUUGUCGUGGUAGACGACUUCUCGAGGUUUACUUGGAUAGAAUUGCUUAGAGAAAAAUCUGAUGCUUGUGAUCUCAUAAAGUCUCUGUGUAAACGGCUUAGCAAUGAACUGAAUCUCAAAGUGUCUAGGAUGUGUAGUGACCAUGGAAAAGAGUUUGAGAACUUUAAUCUUGAGAAUUUCUGUAUGGACGAAGGGAUAUUGCAUGAGUUCUCUUCCCCUAUCACUCCGCAACAAAAUGGGGAAUUAGCCCUACACUUUUGGGGAGAAGCUAUUAACACUGCAUGCCACAUCAUCAAUAGAGUCUACCUUAGACCCAAGACUGAUCAGACCCCGUAUGAAAUUCUUAAGGGUAAAAAGCCUACUGUUAAGUAUUUUCGAGUAUUUGGGAGUAAGUGCUACAUUUUGCGGGAUAGAGAGAACUUGAGUAAGUUUGAAUCAAAGAGUGAUGAAGGGAUCUUCCUAGGGUACUCUAGGAAUAGCCGAGCAUUUAGAGUGUAUAACUUACGUACCCGUGUGGUGAUAGAGUCUAUAAAUGUUGUGAUAGAUGAUGCUGUGAGUGAGGGGGAGAGUGGUGAAAAAUGUGAUAACGAUGGUGAUCUUUUGAGUUCAAGUGAUCCUACUGAGCUACCUAUGCCUGAAUCGUCUCGUAAGAAACCUGAAACAUCUGAAAAGGAAACACUUCCACAAAAUCUAGAUAAAAAUCCUAAGGAACCAUCGACUAGGGUUAAGUCUAGUCAUCCUAAGGAUAAUAUUAUUGGGGAUCUAGAUGAAGGGAUGAGACUUCGUAGGAGAGUACUGAACAAUCUAGCGUACACUAGCUAUGUUUCUCAGGUAGAGCCUAAGAAAGUUGAAGAGGCCCUUAGUGAUGAGUGUUAG